ACGACUAGUCGUGUUAGCUCAGUUGCUCGGCGCUCGGCUUUUCGCGGUCCGUCCUCGUCGUCCGGCGACUACUUUUUACACACAGUACGUACUCAUAAUGUUAUAUUAUGCAUUUAGUUUCCUAUAUUUUUCACACGAUAUAUUUUAUAGUAUUUAUAGGUCCGCAAUUUCUGACGAGAAUUUUUCGCGCGCGACGUUUGGGCGAUUUUAAUGUUUUUCUCAUAAUACUAUAGGUACCUAUUGUAUUGCUAUAUACCCACACGACGAAUCACGACCCUUUGUCUCUCUCACGAUAAAUACCUACGUACCGGCGGAAAACAUUAUGAACACCAAUCGCGCGCGACGAUAACCGCAUCAAUAUUUUUUUUACUUUUUAAACCUUUUGCUAUUCAGGUACGACAGUUAAACCAUCGCAUAGAAGUAGUUGUCGGACGAAGGCGCGAAGGAUAAGAAAUAUGAAUACCAAUAACGGUCAGGGUAACAACAAUAACAACGGCGGCGGUGGCGGCAGCGGCGGCGGAAAUAAUAAUUUUCGGAAGUACAAACGGGUUACAGCGGGUAACCCGUCGAACCCGAAAACCAAAAAACAAUUGGAAAACGAAUUGAACCGGCAGAGGAGCUUUUUCGUCAACUGCAGCCAGCAAAAUCCGUCCGCUGCUCAUCACAGCAACACGCAAGAGGGAGGCUAUUUGAAUAGGAGUAACAGCAGCGUUUUAGGACAAAAGAAACAUCCCACGCUUGCGAUCUAUCGUCCGCCGACCAACGGUCCGCAGAAAUCAAAAAACAUCCAAGAUGCAUCAGACACAUCUGAGGACAGCAGUAAGCUGAACGUGCACGCCAAAGAGUUCUCCUUAGAACGUUCCAAUACCGCUCCUCAGUCCAUAGCGAAUGGCGUAAAACCAGAAGGGAUUCGACACAGCGCCGGGACGGCAUUGUCAAGAUCGAGGACAUUCUAUACAAACGGCGAUAUCAAACCUAAUAGUCCAAAGAAAAGUUAUGAUUACAAGAAUAAUUUUGCAUAUAAGAAUAAUUUUCAUCAGAUGAAGUAUAUACAACAAAAAGAUACUCAGGGGCCAAAAGUGCAAUUCAAAGACCCUAAACCGAAAUCGAAACCUAUAAUGAACGACCAACCAAAUAAAUGCGUGGUGGAUUCAAAGGAUGACUUCGGUCUUAGAAGAUCAAAAACCUAUAACGGUCCAGACAGCAAAUACUACCAUAAUACUUCAGAUGAAACACGUACGUCGUGGAAAUGUCAAGCUAAUGAAUUUUGCGUAAAAGACUUAAACUGUUUUCCUGAAGACAUAAACGAUAUGGCCAAACGCAUAGUAAAAGAUACAAAAAACUCGCCAACAAAAGAUUUAAUGCUCUUGGCAUUGAAAAUAAUUGAGCACGUGGUUAGCAACCAAGAUGCUAUGAAGCCUUCGGUUAAUUUAUCCCUCUACAUAAUUGAGAGAGAUACAAGAGACACUUACGUGAAUAUGAUCAUCAACACCAUCCAAUUGUGGUUCGUAAAACGAGAGAAACUCUUACAACCACCCAGAUUUUCUUCGUACGCAACAUUCGUACUGCAAAUGUACAAAGGAAUGAAACUGAAUAAAGUGUUAUCAAAUAGAAUGGAGAAAGAGGUAUACUCUCGUAAACAAGCUCUGCUAAUGUUAUUGUUUAAAAUUUGCGAACACUGUUUAACGCCCAGCAAGGAGAAGAACACGAUUGAAGAAGUCGAAUGUCUAUUCAACAUCGUGGACGGCAUUGGACGAGACUUGGAACAAGAGGUCCCGGACACGUUGAAACAACUGUACGUGUCCAUCAGGGACGUGAUGCUGACCCGGGACUGUUCGGCGUCCGUGAAAAAGACCCUUCUCCGUCUGAUCGAACUGAGAGCGUCGCAAUGGGUCCUGUCACCUUCCACGUUACACUACUACAACUCGAAAACGAACAUUUAGUGUCUUAUUUUUGUUUACCAUCGAGACCACACGGUUGAUAUUAUUUGAACAAUAAUAUUAUACCUAAGUAUAAUAAUAAUUGUGAUAGUUCUGGGAAAACAUUUUGUAUAUUAUUUCGUGUAUUUGGUAUAUAAUUUUACAUUUUAUACAUUACAUAUUAUUAUAUCUAUCUAUAUCAUAUAUAUUUUACAAACUGAAUUAUUUAAUCGAAUUAAUAAUAUUAUUUUUACGAAAUACACUCACCUUGUUCAUGAUUAAAUAUAAUGUCAAUGCUACUUUAUAGUAAUAAAAGUAACUAUAACAUAAUAAUAUUCGAUUAAAUAUUUUGGUGAAGUUUUAACGAAAAAUUAAAUAGGUAAGUGCCUAAAUUAUUUAGCUCAAUUCAAAUAAUUCACGAAGUCGGAACUAGGUACAAUAUCUACUUUACAUAUUUUGAUUGCAGGCAUUCGAACAAAUUUACGCGUUUGUUAAUAAUAUUAUAAUUAUUAUGUUAUUGUUCUAGAAAUCAGCCGUGUCGUUAUAAUUUGUACAAUAUAUUUGAAGAGUUCUUAGCUAUUUUACACAAAACGGUGUUUUAAACCUUCUUUUGGACAAACAUUUUUGUAGCCAAUAGAACUAUAUGUAAGUCAUGUGCGUCUAUUAUUGUUACUUCAUUCCUAGUCAUAUUAUAAGAUCGCGGUUUUUCUUUUUUAUUUUAUACCUUUUUUCUAACAACAUUUUUUUUACGAAAACUGUCUAUUUACAUUUUAGUAAAAUGGGUAUUCUUAACAAGUAGUUAAUACCUUCUAAAUUAAAUAUUAUACACGAUACAAUUUUUUUAUAUGAUAUGGUAGGUAUUAUGUAUCUAUAUGUUUAUUUAUACAAUAUUAUGUGAAAUGUAUUGUAAUGUAUCAUAAACUAAUAAGCACAUUUAACGCUUGUGGAACUGAAUACAUCAUAAUAAUAUUAUAUUAUACCUAUUGUAUUAAAAUAAUUGAAACAAAA